CGCUUAAGUCGACCAUGGGGAAGACCGCCAUCACCAACACUCUCGCAGAACAGGAGCUCACCAAACUGCAGGCGCAACUGCACCAAAGUGCACACGACACUUGGACCUAUCUGGAGGCUCUCAAGCAUAACCUCACCGAGUUUGAUCACAAGCACCAUCUGCACACGUCGAGCUCGGCUGCAUCGUUCUUCUACGAUGGCCUCGACCACGCCAGGGACGUUGUAAAGGAUCUCAAACACUCGGCGGACCAUAUCCAUAAGGAUGCUGGCGUGAACGAAGUCAACGCUGCUCGAAGAGCCAUGGAGCAGACAUUCAAUGCACUGGCAGACCUGCACAAGGUAGCCAAUGCGUACGAUACAGAACACCCAACUCCCAACAAACACAGCGACAAGAAACCAACGAUCUCCGACAAGGUCGAGUGGCUCGUGAGCACGACUCGCGAUGCCAAGUUCAGUGGAUUUGCACCUCUGCAGCGCCAGAUCAUUGAAGUGCAGGUUGCUCUUGGUAUCAUCGAGAGACCCUCGAUCGCCGCUCGUGCUAAGGAGGCUGUGCAUCACAUGGCUGAUAAGAUCGAUAGUAAAUUUGGCAAGAAGGGGACAAGUCCGAAGGCGGAGGUUGAGCAACACGCGGUAUCUUCUCACAGUGCAUAA